CCUCCCCUCACCAACUCACCCUUUUUCGCUCUUUUCUCUCUUGGGCAUUUUCACAAACACCUUGUACGCUCUCUCAACUGGUCUGUUCAUCUCUCUAAUUCCCACCAUUUUCAAGCGUGUUUUAGCUUUGCUUUCCUGAGAUUUACUCUUUGCUGUGAAGUUAAAAUGGUGUUUAUUGGAUUUCUCUUGGUGGGUCUUCUUCUAUCUUUGGGAUGUGAUUCUGCUCUUGGCAACAAAAAUGGAGGAGGUUGGAUUAAUGCCCACGCCACAUUCUACGGUGGGGGCGACGCCGCGGGUACAAUGGGAGGGGCUUGUGGCUACGGAAAUCUGUACAGCCAGGGAUAUGGGACGAACACAGCAGCUCUGAGUACAGCCUUAUUCAACAAUGGACUGAGCUGUGGCGCUUGCUUUGAAAUCAAAUGUGUAAAUGAUGCAAAAUGGUGCCUUCCAAAGUCCAUCGUGGUCACUGCUACAAACUUUUGUCCACCAAACAAUGCGCUCCCCAACAACGCCGGCGGCUGGUGCAAUCCUCCCCAACACCACUUCGAUCUCUCCCAACCCGUCUUCCAGCAAAUCGCUCAUUACAAAGCCGGCAUUGUCCCAGUGACAUACAGAAGGGUGUCUUGUGAGAAGAAAGGAGGGAUUAGAUUCACAAUCAACGGUCAUUCGUACUUCAAUUUAGUUCUUGUAACCAACGUUGGGGGAGGUGGCGAUGUUCAUGGCGUGUGGAUUAAAGGGUCGAAAACAGGGUGGGAAGCAAUGUCGAGGAACUGGGGACAGAAUUGGCAGAGCAAUUCAUAUUUGAAUGGACAAAGCUUGUCGUUCAAAGUGACCACCGGCGAUGGCCGGACGGUGAUAUCGAACGAUGUAGCGCCAGCUGGGUGGAGCUUUGGUCAGACUUUUAGUGGGGCGCAGUUCCGAUGAACAGAGACAACAACAAAACAGAACAGAACAGAACGAAACAGAGUUUUUUCUUGGUCACUUUCUAGGAAGUUGUGUUAGUGUUAGAGUGGGCACUGCUUUUAAUGUGUCCUCUUUUUCCUUUUAAUUUUUUAGUAUUUUUAGUUUGUGAGUUUGAAAUGUGGGGCUUGGUUUGGUUUGGUUUUGGGGUUCUGCUGUGUGUGUUUUAAAGGCAAUGGCAGAGUGAAAGAUACUGGCAGCGGUAGGCAUUUGAUAUGACACCCGCCACUUUGUUUCUUUGGGUUAGAGCUUAGGACUUGGGACUUUCUGUUAAUGUUAAUGUUAAUUUGUGGGGUUUAUAAUAUAAAGUUUAGUAUUAGGCUGUUUUUUUUUUUUUUUUUUUAGGUGUCAAAACUCAAAAGGCUGUAUUGAGUAUUGAGAGAAGUCUUGUAACUCCAGCUCUUUUGAUAGCUAUUCUACUUUUGUUGGGUCUAA